GGCCGCCUAAGGAAGAGCGCCUGCGCAGGCGCCCCGACCCUGCAGGCCGCCAGUGCGCCUGCGCCGCCAGCCCACACCCAUCCCUUGGGACUCCGGAACGCCACGAGAAUUGUGGCGCGCCUGCGCAAUGUCAGGCCUUCGCCUUCGUUUUCGCUCUUCUCCCACGGCCCUGCAAACAGAUGCCCCAGCUCUGGCGAGAGGAGAUGCCAACACAGUCUCAAGUGUCCACCUGAUACAAGUAGCUCACUCUUCGUCAGCAUCUCUCUUCAACCCAUUGUCCAGUCCCUUCCAUGCCUGAUGAGUUGUCUUCGAGAAUGGUUCCUGUCCUGGGCCUACAGAAGGCACAGUGGGCGGCUGACUGUGGGCCUCCUUCACAAGUCUCUCAAGACUAUUUUCCAGACCAAGAUCUCAACCUGAUCCCAUCCCCAGGCCUCUAGUCCCUCCACUCCACCUUCACCCAAACAAAAGGUGACAGCUCUUAUGGUGCUGUGUUCUCCAUCAUGCAAAGUGCAAGGGCGAUUUCUGGGUGUCUGAUGGAAGAGCAGGUAGGCCAUUAGUCAGUUCCUCCCACAAAUCCUAACAGCACACUACAAACACUGUGAUAGCCACGCACUGGCGUUAGGGAGUGAACUGGACAGACAUCCUCUUCCCUCAGUGAUCCAGGCUAGUUGUUUCGCAUGAUCCUUAGGAAUUUGUCAAAUCAUUCCUUAAGGUGUCAGUUUUUCAGCAUUGUAAGGAUGGGAACAGAACUGUACUUUUCGAGAUUUAACUUUCAGUCAGGAAAUCAAGGAAAGAUGUAUCUUUUUUCUUGCUCCUUGACAGACCGAGCAUUUAUAAAUUGUUUCCUUGCAAUGGCAUCAUUUGAAAAUACAGCAACAAAGGUCUUCAGGGCUCUAGAUAAUUAGCCCUGAACACUCACUGAGUUGGCUGUAAUUAGAGACUUUUAUUAACUACAGGUCCCAGGACGUUUAUGCAAGUUCUUGAUCACAGUCUGUGAAGUGGGUGUGUCAGUCCUCUAUUACAGGGUUGGAAUGGAUGCUGAGGUUGAGGACUUGAGGAAAAGACACAGGUAUGGCCGGGACACGGGGGAGAGAGGAAGGCCAGGUUCGAAUCCACUCUCCUGAAGGACGAGUCCCAGAACCAGCUUUUCAAGGAGGGGUAGGGAGUCCAGCCCUGACGCUUCACAGCAGGGGCGCCUCGAGCCCCCCACCCCCCACCCCUGAGGCUCGGGCUUCUCCGCGAUCCUGGGUCACAAAGGCGGUUGCCAGGCGCCCGGUGGAGAAAAGAUGCGGCUCGGGAACAGCGGCAGCCACUCUGGAGCGUGUGGCCCGCGGAGUUCAGCAGGUGAGCCCCCGGCCCGGAUGGUGGGACCGGGCCCGGGCUCCUACAGCCACCUCUGCCUCGGCCAGAGCCCUCUGGCCCCCGCCCCCGGGUAGGGACCCCGGGAGACAAGCCUUUUCUUCCGGCUGGAAGGGAGAGCCUCCCAACCCGGGGCAGCUCCAGCCCCUCCUGAUCGCAGCUCACGAGGACCUCACUGCACUUUGGCGCUGCCUUCCUCUUUCCCAGGUGGGGAAAUUCCAGGGGCUUUUUGGGAACUAGAGGAGGGUAUGAAGGGGAAGCCUGUUUGCUCAGGCUGGAAGCUGCUACAGCAGCUUGAACAGACUUCUUAGAUUCAACCCCUCUUGGAGUGGAUGACAGCUUCCAGGUGGUGGUGGGGGUGAAUCACCUUUAUUGAAACCUUGUGUGAAGUGGUGGAAAGAUGUGAAAUCAGGAGCCCUCUCAUCCCCUGCUCUUUCUGCUAUACAUCCAAGGUUUGACCUUUGACAAAACCUUUCACCUCUGGUUCUAUUUUCUCAUAAGAAAUGAGUAAGGAAAAGGAUCCUGGGAUUAUCUUUUUUCCAUUGUAUGCCCAGAGGAGUUGUACCAGAGUAGCCACGAUCUUGGAUAUAUGCUUAGGGCCAUAUCAAGCAUCAGAAGACUUCCCUAGGCUGUCCCUCGGGUGUCAGUGUUUUUCAUCCUAAGGAGCCAAUAUGUGAACACUUAGUUUGUGCAAAGGGCCUGCACAGAUUAUGAGAACCAUACUAGUUGGAGGAAACCAACAAACUUCCAUUAUACUAACCAUUCUCAGGGGUAGGUCUUUUGGUUUGAAAUGUCACCAACAGUUCUUUAAAAACUUUUUUAAAGAAUCAACAGUUUGUGUUACAAACUAUGGUGGAGGUAUCAACUUUUCACAGCACUUCCAGGGCAAUUAAUGGAUGGGAUGGGAUCAGAUCUGCUGCUGUUACCUUUUGUGGGAGAAGAGAGAAGGGACAGAGGAAUACACUUGGUUGGAAAGAAAAGGGAUCUGCUAUGCCUCUUACAUCUAGGACUUUCAAUGGCGGCAUACCAUCUCUGGUCACCAUGGACCCCACUGGAUGAGAGCUUCCAAUGGCUGCGGCACACAACACCUACACCUUCUUCCAAACACCCCUUUAGGGCCUCCCCCUGCUUGCCACAUACCCCUUCUGACCUUGAAGUGCAGCUGUGCUUUCAAGAGGUCACACUAGUCUUAGACAGCCCAAUUCUGGAAACUGGAAUGAGUCCCAAGUUACCCUGCCACACGUCAGAGCUCCGAACCAUGAACAACAAGAAAGGGCUGGUCAGGAAGCCCCAGCCUGUCCGCCUCAGUGGAGUAGAUUCUGUCUUUGGCAGGAUCAUCACGGCUCAGCCACCAAAGUGGACUGGGACCUUCAGAGUUUCAGACAAGUCAGCAUUUUGCAAAAUCAUCAGCCGGGAGCACCAGUGGCCCACUGGACUUAAGGAGCCUCAGAUUCAGAUGACAGUGACUAUGUGCAAACAGAUGUUGCGCUCUAUCCUCUUGCUGUAUGCAACGUACAAGAAGUGCACCUUCGCCCUGCAACACUCCAAGUAAAGGGUCUCCCUCUGAUUCCCAGUUCCUUUGGUAUGUGCCUGAAGCUUACAGAACCUGUCCACAUAAAUAGAACUGUGGUACCGCUCCAGCCACCUUGCUUUGCUGUCAAGCAGUGACAAUUCAGAAGCCUCUUCCCUGCCUUCCCUCCAAAAAAGGGCCAGUGACAUAGAGCAAGGGACAUUUCCCUUGUAAAGUUGAACAACCAUUUGAGUCAAAUUAGCGCUGACAUGUACAUGUGAUAAAGAGCUAUUAAACAAACAAACCAAUGAGCCUAGUGUGACUUCACUCAAAAUCAAGUAACUCCUCCAGAACAAUCGCAAAGAUAUCAUUUCCAAGAUGGUCUUCAUAAUAGGGAACACAUGAUUCUAAUGAAUAGCAGUGAUUUGUUGGUACUAGUUUCCAUUAUUUCUUUGCACAAACCCCAAUCUCAUCCAAACCUUGAAAUGAUGAAGGAAAUCCAGUAGGAGGAAUGAGGUAGCUGAAGCAGAGCUUAAAAGGGGAUUUAUUUGUAAAAC